AUGAUGUUCACUUACACAGCCGGACUCACUUACUAUUUCUACUCCUUGAGCCUCCUUAUUUCCCGACUGAGAUGUCCAACAUGUCGGUUCAUCCAGAGACUCACCAGUUCUUACUACAAAGUACACUUCUCAUCACUCACCUCCCUCCAUCGGCCUGAUUAGUAUUUUGUACCAUCCUCCAACCUGUCUUGGAACAUCACCCAGACACCAUGGCCUCCAUUGACGACGGGCCCCCUUUCGGCCCCAUUGUCAACGGGACCAUGGUGGUCGUGUUCUGGGAGUAUCGCCCGAGCAACAUAGCCGCCUACUCCUUCCUUGGGCUAUUCGCGCUCGCCACUCUCGCCCACAUAGUCUACUUCUUCCGGCUCCGGGCCUGGGUCUUCAUCCCCUUUGUUCUCGGCGGAGUCUGCCAAAUCUUUGGCUACUACGAACGAAGCGAAGCCCACUCCGCCCCGCGCGUCCUCAGGCCCUGGAUCCUGCAGAACAUGCUCCUCCUGGUCUCUCCGCCCCUCCUCGCCGCGACAGUCUACAUGUCCUACGGCCGGAUAUCCAGCGCCCUGCUGUACGGCACGUACCGUCGCAAAAACCCACACAAAGACCGCAACUGCUGCACUCGUUGCUGCGUCAGCCUCUGCUGCACCUGCUCCCCGACAAAGGCCUACGUCCUCGUCGACAUCGUCGCCAUCUUCACCCAGCUGAUCGGCACGGUCCUCCCCGCCAGCGGCACCCCCGAGGCGCAACGCCUGAGCGUCAUUGUCGUGCUGAUCGGCCUGCUGGCGCAGAUGCUCGCACUGGGCGCCUUCCUGGUCUUCUGUGUGCGAUUGCAUGCGCGUCUGCGCCGGGACCCGGCGCGCUGGUCGAGGGCUAUGGUGGCGGAUCCCGCGGUGAAUUGGUUGGGGUAUUUUGUUGUCAUGGAAAUGGCGGGAGUGAUGUUGGUUGUCAGGAGCGUGAUGAGGGGCGUCGAGUAUCUGCAGGGGAUGGAUGGCUAUGUGGCCUCGCACGAGUGGUGUGUGUAUGUGUUUGAUGCGGUGCCCAUGUUGGUUGUCAUGGUAGGAUUCUUGGUCCUGUAUCCGCCAAGGUUGGUGAGGGAGGUAGCACACUUAGAGAAGAUCGAGCAGGGGGUGGGAGAGUGUGUUGAGUUGAGGGGAGGUUCAGGGGGUAGUGGCAGUGACCAAGGGAACGCAUAGGUGAGGCUCUCUUGGCCAACGCCGUCAGUCCGUUGGUUGAGGCCAGACAAGUCCGGUCUGAAGGUAGCAUCUGGGCCAGGACUUGAAUCUUGUAUAGGAUUUGA